ACCAAAAUAUUUUCCCUGCUUUGUCUCUCUAAACUAUGUUGAAGUUAACCAAACCUCCCUUUCCCUCCAAAAAUAAAAUUUCUCAACGGUUCCUUCAUUCAUUUCCCUCUUCCUCCCCAACCGAAUCCCAGCUUUCCCUUUCACCUCAACACAAACAAAACUAUCAAAAAUACUUCCUUUUCUCAUUCUUAAACAAAAACCCAACAAACCUGAGAGUCCCAAAACAAGUCCACUCUCACUUACUCACAACAGCCUCGAUUUCCCACUCUCUUAGACUCUUCAACGCUUUACUUAGAUGCUAUUCUUUUAGUGAAAAUCCCAACGAUGCCAUCUUUCUUUACCAACAAGUCCAAAGUUGCUACCUUUACUUGAAAUUUGAUAGCUUUACAUACGCAUUCCUUAUCAAAGCUUGUGCUAAUUUGAAUGACGUAGUUCUAGGCAAACAGUUUCAUGGGGUUGAAAUAAAAAUGGGUUUUGAGUCCCAUCCCUAUGUGCAAACUGGGUUGGUUAAUAUGUAUGUCGAAAGUGGAGGUUCAGUUGAGUGUAAAAAAGUGUUUGAUGAAAUGCCUGAUAAGAAUCGUGUUACUUGGAAUGUGAUGAUCACUGGCUUGGCUAAACAAGGGGAUAUUGAGUUUGCGCGUUUUUUGUUUGAAAAGAUGCCGGAUAGGGAUAUUGUUUCGUGGAGUGGGAUGAUUGAUGGGUACACGAGGAUGAACCAGUAUAGGAAGGCUUUAGGUUUGUUUCGAAGAAUGGUUGUGGAUGAUGUGGUUGAACCUUCUUACAUAACGGUCUUGGCUAUUUUACCUGCUGUUUGGAAUAUUGGUGAUAUCAAGAUGUGUCGGUUGAUUCAUGGUUAUGGAGAGAAGAGAGGGUUUCAUGUGUCUGAUAUUCGUAUCAUGAAUUCGUUUAUUGAUACGUAUGCAAAAUGUGGGUGCAUGAUGAGUGCGUUGAGGUUUUUUGAAGAGAUUUCAGCUGAUAUGAAAAAUUUGAUUUCCUGGACAUCGUUGAUUUCAGGUUUUGCAUUGCAUGGGAUGGGGAAAGAAGCUGUUGAGAGUUUUCAAAGGAUGGAGCAAGUAGGUUGGAAGCCAAAUAGGGUUACUUUCUUGAGUGUUUUGAAUGCUUGUAGUCAUGGAGGUCUGGUUGAGGAGGGCCUCAAGUUUUUCGAAAAGAUGGUUAAUGAGUGUCAAAUCUUGCCUGGCGUUAAGCACUAUGGGUGUUUGGUUGACAUGUUAGGGAGGGCGGGGAGGUUGGAAGAAGCAGAAAGGAUUGCUCUAGAGAUUCCUCGUGAGAUAGCGAGUGACGUGGUUUGGAGAAUACUUUUGGGUGCCUGUAGCUUUUAUGGUAAUGUUGAGGUGGGUGAAAGGGUGACAACAAAGAUAAUGGAGAUUGAGAGGGGAUAUGGAGGUGACUAUGUUCUUAUGUCAAAUAUCCUUGCUGGUGCUGGAAGGUUUAGAGAUGCUGAGAGCUUGAGGAGAUUGAUGGAUGAGAGGAAUACCAUCAAAGUUCCUGGCUCUAGUUUGGUCUGACAUCUUUACUGGCUGUAAAGAUCAGCGUAGGAUCUAAAGUUGAUAGAGACAGAUUAUGCAUGUAGCUAUUGGUACAG